UUUCCCUUUCGCUCAGGUUUCGAGUUGGCCAUCGGAGCGGAGCUUCUCGCCUUUGCAUUUCACAGUGCUGCGGCUUUUUAGUAAGGUCCACUUUUUACAGCGAUCUCGUGCCGUGCAAAUGCAACAACCGUAAGAUUAGUGAGAGGUGACUGCGUGUAACUUUACUACGUGUGUCUUUCUGGAUCCGCCGGAUUCCAACCAUUACCUAGUGCUAAACCAGCGAAAGGACUUCCCGCUGGAGGACUGCAAUCUUGUUUUCGCCGUGUUCCAUCCGUGUGGAUUGUGAAGUGUUCCUUUGUUGAGUGCGUGUGUGAUUCGUGACCCCUCAAACCGCUUGCAGAAGGAGGAAUUCAAAAGAUGAGUGCUACUCAAGCUGCUGCCGUCGCCGCCCCUGCGCCGGUUCUGAAGAAAGGAAUCGUCAAGCAGGUUCUCUCUGGAGACUCGGUGAUAAUCCGUGGUCAGCCGAAGGGUGGACCCCCACCGGAGAAACAGAUCAACUUUUCCGGCGUGAUCGCACCGAAACUUGCCCGUCGCCCUACCAGCAAUUCCACGGAUGCAUCGAAAGACGAACCGUACGCCUGGGAAGCCCGCGAAUACCUCCGUCAACGGUUGAUUGGCCAAGAGGUGUAUUUCUAUGCCGAACGCCCGCCGAAUGCCAACCGUGAUUAUGGCUACGUUUGUCUCGGGAAGGAUCAGGCCACCGCGGAGAACAUUGUCGAAUCGAUCAUAUCGGAGGGACUAGUAAGUGUUCGCCGGGACGGUGUACGCCAAACUCCUGAACUUGCCCGCCUUAUUGAACUGGAAGAUGCGGCUAAAGCAGCUCGCAAGGGCAAAUGGAGCGAUUCACCACCCUCGGAACACGUGCGCAACAUAACCUGGAACAUUGAAAACUCGAAGGCGUUCUGUGACCAGCAUGGUGGUAAACCCAUCAAAGCUAUCAUCGAGCAUGUCCGAGAUGGAUCAACUGUGCGUGCAUUCCUGCUGCCUGGUUUCCAGCAUAUUACCCUGAUGAUGUCCGGAAUUCGAUGCCCUGGUUUCAAGCUUGAUGGUGAUGGAAAACCUGAUACUACAACGGAAGUUCCAUAUGCAGAGGAAGCCCGCUAUUUCGUUGAAUCCCGCCUACUACAACGGGACGUAGAAAUCCGCCUAGAAUCGGUUACCAAUACCAACUUUGUCGGUACGAUAAUCUUCCCCAAGGGUAACAUUGCGGAAGCACUACUUCGCGAAGGGUUUGCCAAUUGCGUCGAAUGGAGUAUGCGUUACGUGAAGGAAGGCGUUGAGCGACUCCGUGCUGCCGAAAAACACGCCAAAGCCAACCGGCUACGUCUGUGGAAGGAUUAUCAGGCACCAACCGCCGCCUAUAAUACCAAGGAUAAGGACUUUGCCGGAACGGUUACCGAAGUGUUUAAUGGCGAUGCGAUUGCGGUCAAAAUUAGCAAUACCGUUACCAAGAAGGUAUUCUUUUCGCACAUUAGGCCACCACGUGAGGCAAACCGUGUCCUCACUGAGGAUGGUGCUCCUCCGCCACCUCGCGCCAAGGGAUCCCGCCCACUGUAUGACGUUCCAUGGUUGUUCGAGGCCCGCGAGUUCUUGCGUAAGAAGCUCGUCGGCAAGAAAGUGAACUGUUCGUUAGAUUACGUAUCACCGGCGAGGGACAAUUUCCCGGAAAAAUACCACUACACUGUGACGCUGGCUGGAGUCAACGUAGCGGAAGCACUGGUCGCAAAGGGUUUGGCAAAUGUGAUCGUAAACCGUGAAAAUAACGAUCAGCGAUCGCCGUACUUUGACGAUCUUCGGGCGGCAGAGGAGCAGGCGAAAAAGGGAGGUAAAGGUUUGAACGCGAAGGAUGACAUUCCAACGCAUCGCAUCAACGAUCUAACGGUGGACCACUCGCGCAUCAAGCACCAGUAUCUGCCGUCGUGGCAACGUGCCCUGCGUACUGAAGCCGUGGUCGAAUUCGUGGCCAGUGGUUCCCGCUUCCGAAUCUACUGUCCGAAGGAUAGCUGUCUGGUAACAUUCCUUUUGGCCGGUAUCUCCUGUCCACGUUCGUCUCGACCUGCCAUGAAUGGUGCAUCCGCUCAGGAAGGGGAACCGUUCGGGGACGAAGCGCUCCAGUUCAGUCGUGAGCGAGUGUUACAGCGCGACGUGAGCGUAAAGAUCGAAACUACUGAUAAGGCCGCCACCAGUGUAAUCGGAUGGAUGUGGACCGAAAACAAUGUCAACCUGUCGGUGGCACUCGUGGAGGAAGGUCUUGCCACUGUGCAUUUCACCGCCGAGAAGACGGAACAUUAUCGUGCCCUGGCGGACGCUGAAAGCCGUGCCAAGUCGAAACGUAAGAACAUCUGGAAGGACUAUGUGGAAAAGACCGAAGACGAAAACAAGGAAAACGAAGAGGAAAAGGAAGAUAUCGCUGCGCCCGCCGAUCGGAAGGUCAAGUAUGAGAACGUUGUUAUCACCGAGGUUACACCCGAGAUGCAUUUCUACGCUCAGCACGCUGAUCAGGGUGCUAAGCUGGAGGAGCUGAUGACCAAGUUACGCCAGGAAUUCCGUGCAAUGCCACCGGUUACGGGAGCGUACAACCCAAGGCGCGGAGAUCUGUGUGCGGCGAAAUUCACCGAAGACAACGAAUGGUACCGCGCAAAGGUCGAAAAGAUUGAAAAAGGUGGCAACGCUUCAGUCCUGUACGUCGACUACGGCAACCGUGAGACUCUUCCAACGACCCGCCUAGCAAUGCUUCCGCCUGCCUUCCUGUCGGACAAACCGUACGCGCACGAGUACACAUUGGCGCUGGUUGUCUUGCCAACAGACCCGGACGAUAAGGCUGAUGCCAUCAAGGCCUUUGCCCAGGAUGCGCUCAACAAAACUCUGCAGCUUAACGUCGAGUAUCGCAUCAGUGGUGCCGAGCACGUAACCAUCGUGGACCCUGCCACCAAGUCUGAUCUCGGCAAGGAAUUGAUCGCUGACGGUUUCCUGAUUGCUGAGAAGGGCAAGAAAGAUCGCAGACUGCAGAAGCUGAUAACCGAUUACAAAGAAGCCGAACAAUCUGCUCGCAAGAAUCGCAACGGCAUCUGGCAGUACGGUGACAGCACCGAGGACCAGGCCGGCGAAUUCGGCCUCGGCCGCUAGACUCCGGUCACACAAAAGCGUGAAUGUAUCCCCUGCCCAUCAAGAAAAGAAAAACAACACACACACGUACACGUAUAUAAUAACGACAUUAUUUUCAAGCAAAACACAUUAAUAAGCGUGUUGAGUGGAAACAAAUUCAACUCUUUAAGAUAUUAUUCCAGUUUAUAUUUUUUAAAGAAAACAUUACAAUCAAUACUUCCAAACAUCCACUAGCUAGCAGAAGCGAUACACACUGCUGAGGAGCAAAAUACACAACAGGAAAUCAGUAACAACAGGUGAAACAAGAGAACAAUCAGAACAAUAGUGGCCUCCUUCCCUACAACAACCUAGUUUCAGGCAAGUUUAGCAGCCAACCCGUACUAAGCUGAUAAAAAAUGCUCAUAUUUCUUGGUAUCUAUGCCAUUGCUUGAAACGCGUUCACACAAAUAUAGUUAGAAGGGAGGGAAGUGAAUUCAUCACACAUACACGUACGUACAUACGCAAACAUCAACCACAAACAGUCUGAUUAAUAUUAAACUUCAAGCGGCGAUGCUACCAAGAACAAUUGGUCGGCUUUUAGCGUUCGUCUGGGUUGCGAUAUAAAAAAACAUGAGACGCUUCAGGUAGGAAGAAAGGGAAAAUCAGCUCCGAAAUUAAAUUGUAACAGAUGUUUUGUCCUUAUGUCUUGUAUUUUUUUGCUUAUAGGAUCAAAAAUUUAUUAAAACUUGAGUUUAUGGGUGAAAUAAAA